AUGCCUUCACAACCCCCACUACCGCCCCUCCUCGCUCCAUAUGUAUCAUCACUACCAGAUGCAUCCUUGACUCUGGUCUCUUCAAUCCUGGGAGCAACCUCAAACUGGCUAGUCUUACGAUUUUUACAUGCUGCACUCAGCUCUCAACCCACUUCAACGUUCGGCGCAGACGAUCUGCCAAAUGGCACCAAGAAGAAGGUGGUACUAGUGAGCUUUUUGCGGAGUUAUGAAUUUUGGAAGACCGAGGCCAAACGACUGGGACUUGAUCUGGCACGCCUAACAGAGAGACAUGAAUUUGCGUUCGUAGACGGCCUGUCUGAAUUAUUCUAUGCACCACAAGCCAUGGCUGCUCCCACCAGCUCACCAGGCCUGGGAAGCAGUCCACGCACAACCCUGCCUCUGAGAUCUCCGCCUGGUGCUGUACUCGGAAGAGCGCCACAGCCGGCGGCGCCGACAGGCCCACCAGGCAAUACAGCACCCAAGCAGGCAGAGCCUGGUAUUGCAAAGAAGCUCCAUUUCUCUGGCCGUGGCCUUGCCUCACUCGAUGCCAUGGAGAAGGAUGUUGCCUCGGUGAUGGAACAGCAAAAGACUCACAUGGAAGAGGGCGACGAGCUCAUCCUUAUUCUCGACCAGCCUGAUCUACUUCUCGCAACAACCGGUCCGAGUAUGGGCAUUGGGGCCACUGAGAUGGCAGAGUGGAUCACCGGGCUACAGCAGCAUGCACAUGCUACAGUUCUGACCUUGGCUACGGAUGCUCCUUUGAUCCACAAUUCAUCUGGACUGGGGCAAUUGGCUACGCCGAUUGAGACGGAGCAUGCCGCGCUGGCUAUUGGAUUGGCGCAUCGGGCGAGGUCGGUCAUGCAACUCCGCACGCUGGAGACCGGAGCCGCGAAGGAUGUAAGCGGGGUACUGAGGAUCAGCCGCGGUGGUGGGUUGAGCACCGAAAACAACCUGGAGGAGCGAGAGGCGUUGUACUUCAUUCAGCGCGAUGGUGGAGUCACAGUGUUUGGUCGCGGGGAGUCAUAG